AGAUAUAUCAUAAUAAAACAUGAGAUGUGAUUCCCCCAGUUUUGAGCUCAAAGAAAACGUCAAAAGCCAUAGAAAGAAAAUAUUGCAUUAAAGCAACCUCAUGAUUCAUUUGCUAUAAAAAACCAUAAAAAAUGGAAUUCACCAAUUUUCUACUUAUCAAUCUCACUCUUACACUCACUCGCUAGCCACCUUUUAGAGAACUCUCACUUUGGAGCAAAGUCAACAAGUGAACCACUACUCUUCAUCCAUAAAAAUCUACCCAAAGUUAAGCUUCUUGCUUAGUUUGGUUUUCAAAAGAAAAUUUCACUUGACAGCUACAGAAUUUGGUGACCACAAUAUGGAUGAUCAUUCCCCUCUUGAAGAAGCCCUUCUGAACGGUGAUACUAGUGCAAGCAACAAUUCUGAUCCCAGUAAGACUAGAGGAAAUGAAAAUUUAACCCGCUAUUCAAAUGCUGGAUUUUUCAGCAUGCUUACUUUCUCAUGGAUGAAUCCACUAAUAAGUCUAGGCAAUGAGAAGACUUUAGAUCAUGAGGACCUUCCAUUGCUUGCCACCAACGACAGUGCCUAUGGAACUUUUACAACUUUCAGAAACAAUCUUGAGUCAGAGUGUGGUAGUGUUAGGAGAGUGACCACUCCCAAGCUGUUUAAAGUGUUAAUCUUCUCAACAUGGAAAGGUCUCCUUUUAUCAGGUUUACUAGCAUUCCUAUGCAGCUGUGCUUCUUUUGUUGGACCCUAUCUUAUUGAAAACCUUGUUCAAUACUUCAAUGGGGUACACAAGUUAAGAAGUGAUGGCUAUAUGUUGGCUAUUGCAUUUGUUGCUGCAAAGCUUGUUGAGUGUAUUUCACAGAGGCACUGGAUGUUUAGGUUGCAGCAGACUGGGGUUAGGAUGCAGUCAAUGUUGGUGGAAAUGAUAUAUGCUAAAGGUUUGACCCUUUCACGUCAAUCAAAGGAAGGUCACAGCAGUGGGAAAAUCAUCAACUUAAUGACUGUUGAUGCUGGAAGGGUCGGAUCACUUUGUUGGUACCUGCAUGUUCCAUGGUUAUGUGUUCUGCAAGUAGCUUUGGCCUUGUUAAUUCUCUAUAGAAAUGUAGGGAUUGCUUCAAUAGCUUCUUUUGCUGCCACUGUGAUUGUGAUGUUGCUAAACCUUCCUGUGGCAUCAUUGCAAGAAAAGUACCAACUUAAAUUAAUGGAGCUAAAAGAUAAAAGAAUGAAGGUGACAUCUGAGAUUCUAAAGAAUAUGAAGAUUCUAAAACUGCAAGCAUGGGAGAUGAAGUUCUUAUCAAAGAUUUUUCAGCUUAGGAAGACUGAGGAGACAUGGCUAAAGAAAUUUCUAGUUAGCUUGGUUAUUAUUAGAUUUCUCUUGUUUAAUGCCCCAACUUUUAUUGCUGUGGUCACUUUUGGUGCUUGUGCUCUUAUAGGCAUCCCACUUGAAUCAGGGAAGAUCUUAUCUGCACUUGCAACAUUUGAAAUUCUUCAAAUGCCCAUCUACAGUCUUCCUGACACAAUUUCAAUGAUUGCACAAACUAAGGUUUCUCUUGAUAGGAUUACAUCAUUUCUUUGUCUAGAUGACUUGCAGACUGAUGUAGUAGAGAAACUUCCACAGGGUAGUUCUGAUAUAGCAAUUGAAUUAGUAGAUGGAAAUUUCUCUUGGGAUUUAUCUUCACUUAAUAGUAAUACUACAUUGAAAGACAUAAAUCUCACAGUUUUUCAUGGUAUGAGGGUUGCUGUAUGUGGUACUGUUGGAUCGGGCAAGUCUAGUUUACUUUCUUGUAUAAUAGGGGAAGUACCUAAGAUAUCUGGGACCUUGAAGGUAUGUGGAUCAAAGGCUUAUGUUUCUCAAUCACCAUGGAUACAAAGCGGCAAGAUAGAAGAGAACAUAUUAUUUGGUAAAGAGAUGGACAGGGAAAAGUAUGAGAAGGUGCUAGAAGCAUGUUCCUUGACGAAAGACCUUGAGAUUCUACCAUUUGGUGAUCAGACCAUUAUUGGAGAGAAGGGAAUCAAUUUGAGUGGUGGACAGAAGCAAAGAGUACAAAUUGCCCGUGCCCUUUACCAAGAUGCUGAUAUAUAUUUGUUUGACGAUCCUUUCAGUGCUGUGGAUGCUCAUACAGGAUCCCAUCUCUUCAAGGAAUGUUUACUUGGCCUUUUAAAAACAAAAACUGUGAUAUACAUAACUCAUCAAGUAGAGUUCUUACCUGAUGCUGAUUUAAUAUUGGUCAUGAGAGAAGGAAGCAUAACUCAAUCAGGAAAAUACAAUGACAUUCUCAGGUCAGGCACAGAUUUUAUGGAACUUGUAGGUGCACAUAGAGAAGCUUUAUCUUCUAUUGAGUCCCUAGAGAGAAGGCAUACACUUAAAACACUGGGUAUCACCACAGAGGACACAGAUUCACCAAAUGAUUUUGAACUUGAGCAAAAAAUGAAAAACAUAGAUGAUCAAAAUGAAAAGUCUGAUGACACAGUUGAGCCAAAAGGCCAACUAGUUCAAGAAGAAGAACGGGAAAAAGGCAAAGUUGGGUUUAAGGUCUACUGGAAAUACAUUACAAUAGCUUAUGGAGGAGCUCUUGUACCCUUCAUACUACUCUCACAGACACUCACAGUUGUUUUUCAGAUUGGAAGCGAUUAUUGGAUGGCUUUAGCAACUCCAGUUUCAGCAACUGCAGAAAUUGCUAUUGGAAUCUUCACACUUAUGAUUGUCUAUGUCGCUUUGGCAAUUGGAAGUUCCUUUUUCAUCCUAUCCAGAGCAGUUCUUUCUAUGAUAGCUGGAUACAAGACAGCCACUAUGCUCUUCAAUAAAAUGCAUUUGUGUCUUUUUCAAGCACCAAUGUCAUUUUUUGAUGCCACCCCAAGUGGGAGAAUCCUUAAUAGAGCUUCAGCAGACCAAAGUUCAAUAGAUUUGAGCAUUCCAAAUGUAGUAUGGGCAAUUACCAUGAGCAUGAUUCAGCUCUUGGGGAAUAUUGUUGUGAUGUCUCAAGCUGCAUGGCAGGUGUUCAUAGUAUUGAUUCCUAUUAUGGCAGCUUGCCUAUGGUACCAGCGAUACUACUCAGCAUCUGCACAAGAAUUGGCACGAUUAGUUGGUGUAUGCCAAGCUCCAGUUAUACAACACUUCUCUGAAACUAUUUCUGGAUCGACAACCAUAAGAUGUUUUGAGCAAGAAUCAAGAUUUAAUGACAUAAAUAUGAAGUUGAUAGACAGAUAUACUCAACCCAGAUUAUACAGUGCAAGUGCAAUGGAAUGGCUGAGUUUGAGAUUGGAUAUUUUAUCCACUAUCACAUUUGCCUUCAGUUUGGUGUUCCUGAUAUCUUUUCCAAAUUCAAUUACUGCUCCUGGCAUUGCUGGAUUGGCUGUGACAUAUGGGCUUAGUCUAAAUGAACAACAAUCUAGUUUAAUCUGGUUUCUUUGCAAUUUGGAGAACCAAAUUAUAUCCGUAGAAAGAAUACUUCAGUACACCUCCCUCCCAAGUGAAGCUCCUCUUGUAAUAAAAGACAGCCAACCAGAUCAUUCUUGGCCAUCAUCUGGAGAGGUUCACAUUCAAAAUUUACAGGUUCAAUAUGCUCCUCACUUGCCUCUUGUUCUACAUGGUCUUACUUGCACUUUUGCUGCUGGAGCAAAAACUGGCAUUGUGGGAAGGACAGGAAGUGGAAAAUCAACUCUAGUGCUAACACUUUUUCGACUUCUUGAACCUGUUGCUGGACAAAUAUUGAUAGAUAGUGUUAACAUCUCUUCGAUUGGAAUUCAUGAUUUGAGAUCCAGACUAAGCAUUAUUCCUCAGGAUCCAACAAUGUUUGAAGGAACUGUAAGAAGCAACCUGGACCCCCUGGAAGAGUACACAGAUGAACAGAUUUGGGAGGCCCUAGAUAUGUGCCAACUAGGAGAUGAAGUAAGGAAGAAAGAGUGGAAGCUUGACUCUACAGUUACUGAGAAUGGAGAAAAUUGGAGUAUGGGUCAAAGGCAGUUGGUCUGCCUUGGCCGUGUUCUACUUAAGAAAAGCAAGAUAUUGGUGCUUGAUGAAGCUACUGCCUCAGUUGAUACAGCCACAGAUAAUAUUAUACAGCAAACAGUGAAACAACAUUUUUCAGAAUGCACAGUCAUUACCAUUGCUCAUAGAAUAACUUCAAUCCUUGAUAGUGACAUGGUUCUGUUUCUAAAUCAAGGACUUAUUGAGGAAUAUGAUUCACCAAAGAAACUGCUUAAGAACAAAUCUUCUUCUCUUGCUCAACUAGUUGCAGAAUAUACAAGGAGGUCAAACUCUGGUUUUGGAAGUUAAACUGAAACUGAAUUUGAAAUUAAUCUCAAACCAGAUCUGUUCUUUUUAAUGAAAUAAAUUUGCAGGUCUAUAGUAACCAUUCCACUUCAUGUAGUCUCUUACCAUCUACUGGUCUUGGGCAGGAAUUUGGUGGUUAUAUUUUAUAUAUGACUUACAGAAACUUCGAUGAGACUCACUCUGUCACAAAUAACUUAUAAAGCAGAGUAAUCAAACUACACUUUGAGAGUUCUGUGAAACUUGUCAAUAGUAUACUACACCACAAGCUAUUUU